CGUCGACCCGUAGAGGAUCUCUUCCCGUGAUAGCGUAAGAAGCUGGACCCUCGUUGACUUCCCUUCUCGACGUCGAGGCGAAGGAGGAGCCAGGGCAUUUUGGAGUAGGAGGAGGAGCUUCAUGGAGGGUUCUCUUAGGGUCCUCCUUUCUUAUCAAGUGGCGGGAUUGGCAGUGCUCCCACUCCUGGUCAGCGCCAUUAAGAGAAAUUUUGAAUAUUAUGGCUGCACUUUUUAUACUUUCUGUUAAUCUUUAGUUAAGGAAACAUUUUCAAGAAUUCAGUAAUAAUGCCCAGGGAUAAUGUAUUCUUUUUUUUUUUUUUUUUUUUUUUUUUUUUUAUAAAGGUCUUGAUUCCAUUUGUUACUUUGUCGUAUCUCCUUCUUUACAGAAGGGAGACAGAGGGUAAAAGACUAAUGAAUGAUAAGUCUAAAAACAAACAAAAAGAUAACCUCACGAAUUAGAAAACAGUAAUCAACUAAUAAUUUCCUAGAAAAUGAAAACUUACGCUCGCUUUUUAAAAGUCAGUGUUGUUGCAGAGAACUGCUUCCUGUCCUUUGCAGGAUCCCCGACUCCGAACAUACACAUAUGUCACAGCCUGACCUGCCCUGGACAGGACGGCUUCUACGCGCACCCGACCUUCUGCACAGAUUACGUCCACUGCGUUGCCGGCGUCCCAUAUGUCAAGAGAUGCCCCUCCAACCUGAACUUCAAUGCGGUGAAAGGGGCGUGUGACCACCCGAGGGACGCCCACUGCGCGCCCUUCAAGAAGUCAUGCGAGCUGACGAUCCCCUUCGUCCCAGGAGGCGUGACAGACGACCUCGUGACGUGUGACUGCGAAGGCCCCUGCAUCAAGCCGCACCCGUAUAACUGCGAUGCCUUUUACCACUGCGACGCUGUCAGUACCUGCAAUCUCUUUGUUCUCUUUUUCUUACUCUGUCCGUGCUGUCACUUAGUGACAAUGAAUUCAUUUACUCAGAAUCUAGAUCUAGUACGUUUCUUCCUCUCUAGCCGUCUGCCUGCUUCACUCUCCUGAAUUCUUUCUCCCUCUUUCCUAUCAACAGGGAAUAU